CGGUCGUGGAAAAAGUUUCCACCACCCCCUUCCCUCGCCCUCCACUUGUCACCACCACCACUCCCCUUCUUGCACAACCUUGUUUUCUCUCCAUCGUUCUUGUUUCCUCUCUCUCGCUCUCCGUCCACACAACCACAACUAAAAACUAGGACUGGCGUUGCUUCACCAUACAACCUCACAACCACUUUCACUAUACAAAGAACAAACUCCAACCCAUCUUCUCCUUUGUCUCUCAAUCUUAACCACAAAAAAAGCCCUCCCUUUCCAUCUCUUUCCAACGCACACCUCCAUCUUCAUCCUCGUCAUCUUCACCAUCACCAUUCUACUCUUGGGCUUCCCCCCUUUUCUUUUUCUGACUUCAAUCUUUAUUUAGGAUUGAUCGAGUUUUCCUGAUGGCGUUGAUCGUCGACCAACAAUUGAAUUUCAAGCACUUUUGCAAGAUUUGCAAGAAGGGUUUCAUGUGCGGGAGAGCCCUCGGAGGGCACAUGAGGGCCCACGGGAUCGGCGACGAGGGUGGGCACACGGACGACGAGGACCCUGGGAGCAACUGGGAGGAUAAGAACAUCGGGGACAACGUGCCACCCGGCAGCAAGCGCAUGUACGGGCUGCGGGCCAACCCCAAUCGGCUCAAGAGCUGCCGGGCUUGUGAGAACUGCGGCAAGGAGUUCUCCUCGUGGAAGUCAUUUCUUGAGCACGGCAAGUGCGGUGUGGGCUCGGAGGAUGUUGGCGACUCGUACUCGUCAUCCCCAGAGUCUGAGGACGACGAGGACGGCGCCUCAAGGAGGCGGGGGUGCAAAUGGUCUAAAAGAAAAAGGUCCUUGAGAGUGAAGGUUGAUAAUAUUAAUUCCAAUUGCCCAUCAAGUGAAGAGGAAGACCUGGCAAAUUGCCUAAUGAUGUUGUCUAAUGGCAUGGUGGACCCGUCUUCUGCGGAGCCGGAGGAGUCAUGCGCAUCGGCGAGCAAGGAUGAGGAGCGCCGGAGGCCGAUAAGUUUCAUAGCUCCUCUUGCCUACAGAUCACCACCCACCACGGACAAGGCCAAAGGGGUGAUCGCCAAUAAAGGCCAGGGCCUUUUUGAGUGCAAAGCGUGCAAGAAAGUGUUUAAUUCCCACCAAGCAUUGGGAGGCCAUAGGGCAAGCCACAAGAAGGUCAAGGGGUGCUUUGCCGCGAGGCUUGACCACGCGUACGACUGGGUACCCGAUGAGGAUGCCGUCACGCAAGAUGAGUUCUUCUCCACGAAGUCCAUGGCGUCAAAUUCGCCGUUCGACCACGGCCUCAGCUCCUCAAUGCCGUCCACCUCGAAGCGGAAGUCGAAGGUGCACGAGUGCUCAAUAUGCCACCGGGUCUUCUCUUCAGGCCAGGCACUGGGCGGGCACAAGAGAUGCCACUGGAUAACGUCAAACCCGGCAGAUGCGCCCUCGUUCGCAAAGUUGCAACACUUGCAUGAACAGAUGGAGCAAAUCCAGCAAAUGCCAGGCAAGUUCAUCGACCCCGACGACCCGCUCACCCUGAAGCUCGACCUGAACCUCCCGGCGCCAUCCGAUGACCUCCGGCGGGACCCGAUGAACAACCCUGCUGCCAGGUUCGCUCGAGUGUCCGCGGAGAUGUACUUGCAGUCAUGGCUGGGGCUGCAUCCUAAAGAGAGGGAACAUAAUAAUCAGCACUUGGAAGAGAAUGACUUCAACAGCAGCAAGAAUGAUAAUGACAAGAAUAAUAAUAUUAAUAUGGACAAUAAUAAUGAUGAUAGUAACAUCGCAACAACUCAUAGUGCAGUCGACGAUGAAGCAGAGAGUAAGGUGAAGCUAGCAAAGUUGAGUGAACUCAAGGAUGUGAGCACGAGUGGAGGGUCUUCUUCAUGGUUGCAGGUGGGAAUUGGUUCAACAACUGCUGAAGAAGCAACAAAGUGAGGAUGUUUUUUUUUUCAGCCCUCCAAUUAUUUAUGAUCUUGAUUUCUUUCCCUUCAUUUUUUAUGUAAGUAAGAAAAGUUCAAUUCGCAGGCACACAAGUUGACCAUUUGAUAAGUUAUUCGUUUAAUUCUUCCCCAAUGUAAAUUAACGGGAACAUAAUUGUGUUCAUAAUAGAAAGAGAAGUUGGUC